GACAGACACCUCGCUCACAAGGAGUCACAUUUAGACAAUGGAAACUUCGGAAACCUCCGGCAAAACAAAUCCACACACAAUGUUUCGACAGAAUUCGAGAGGCAACCAACAUAAAGUCUCCAUAGCCAUGAGUCUGGGCAUCAUGGAGGAAGAGGAUCUGGCUGAGUACUUCCGGCUGCAGUAUGGCGAGCGGCUGCUGCAACUGCUGCAGAAGUUCCCCAACACUGAGGAGCAGUCUGAUUCCCCAUCCAUCCAACUUCUGGAAAAGAAAAAAGAGGCCAAGAUUAUGCACCAUGCUAUGGAACAGAAGAAGGAGACAUUCCAGCGCAGAAUGGAAACACUGAACCUGCGUUGGGAGGAACUGGGUGUCAAGGAGGCCCAGCUGAAGGCCCACAUCCAGAAAUUUGAACAGUUCAUCCAGGAGAAUGAUCAGAAGCGGAUCCGUGCCCUGAAGAAAGCCAACAAGGAGCGGGAACUCAAGAGGCAUCACAUAAAGGAGCUGGCCAAGGCCAAGCAGGAAAUGGCAGCCCUGCGUCAGGAACACCAGCGGCUGAGUGGCAAGCUGCAAGACUACUCCAUCUUCAACAAGUAUCUGGAGAAAGUGGUGGAGAACUCUGAGUUUGAAGAGAUCCACGAAGUUAUUGGACGCUACAAGACGCUGGUGAGCAUGCACCGCGACCUCAUGCAGUCGGCCCAGGAGGGCCAGGAGAACAUCGAGCGUGCCAAGGCGCGACUGGCGCGCUACCUGGAAGAGAAGGACGAUGAGAUCCUGCAGCACAACAACGAGCUGGCCCGCCUGCAGAUGCGCUUUGACCGUGCCCGCAGUGACGUCAUUAUCUGGGAAUCUCGCUGGGCACACAUCCAGAACACAGCCGCCAAGAAGACCCUCCUGCUUGGUACCAUUAAGAUGGCAACACUGAACCUCUUCCAGAUCGUGAGCAAACAACUGAAAGAGACAACCCAGGUGGCCGUGGAGGACACACACAAACAGCUGGACAUGAUCCAGCAAUUUAUCCAAGACCUGUCAGACAUCUGGGCAGAGGUAAAGAGAAAGGAACAGCAGCAAGUUCGAGUGUAAGGAACCCAGUGACUAUAGAAGGUUUGGAGACAGAAGAAACUCUUAGAGAAAAAGUUCCUAGUGAACUUUCAGUCUAGUCAGCCCAGCCCACCCCUCUGGGAAUCCCAUCUCUGUUUUCUUGCUAGUAAACCCCCUGUUAGUUCUCCCCUUAAUGUAUCCCAGUCCUGAAAACAUUAAAAUCUGUAAGUUUAUCCCUAA